CCAACUUUCUUUCCUGCAGAGAACUGUCUGGGUCUGUACGUUGGGAGAGACCUUGCACUGAAAUAUUGAAGGAUUUACAACAAAACUUGAGCAACAAUAAGAAGAUGACUACCACCAAGUCCUCAUAUAAAAGGAUCUUCGGGGGUAACCCCAGAUCUAGUUCUUCUGGAAGUAACCGAUAUGUGACUUCCAGCAGCAGGUAUACCCUGGGCAGUGCACUACGCCCUAGUGUUGGUGGCAGCAACUAUGGAAGUAGCAGGGUCUACUCCAGCUCAUCCUCACCAGCUAUGUACACCAAGUCUUCAGCAGUCAGGCUCAGGAGCAGCCUUCCGCCAUCCAGGGGACAGGACAACGUGGACUUUUCCCUGGCUGAUGCUAUCAACCUGGAAUUCAAAGCCAACAGAACCAACGAAAAGGCUGAGAUGCAAGAGCUCAAUGACAGGUUUGCCAACUUCAUCGACAAAGUAAGAUUCUUGGAGCAGCAGAACAAGAUUUUGGUGGCAGAACUUGAGCAACUAAAAGGUAAAGGAACCUCCAGAAUCGGUGAUCUGUAUGAGGAAGAAAUGAGAGAACUGCGCAGACAAGUGGACCUCCUCACAAAUGAGAAAGGCAGAAUAGAAGUAGACAGAGACAACUUGGCUGAUGACCUCCAAAGAAUGAGGGAAAAACUACAAGAUGAAAUAAUUCAGAAGGAAGAUGCUGAAAACAAUUUGCAGUCAUUCAGACAGGAUGUGGACAACGCUUCUUUGGCACGUCUUGAUUUGGAACGCAAAGUAGAAUCCCUUCAGGAGGAGAUUGUAUUCUUAAAGAAGUUACAUGAUGAGGAAAUCCGUGAACUCCAACAAAAUAUCCAGGAGCAGCACAUCCAGAUUGACAUGGAUGUUGCCAAACCAGAUCUCACUGCUGCCCUACGUGACGUUCGUCAGCAAUAUGAAAAUGUGGCUGCUAAAAAUCUUCACGAAGCUGAAGAAUGGUACAAAUCUAAGUUUGCUGACCUGUCCGAAGCUGCAAACCGUAACAACGAAGCUCUGCGCCAGGCAAAGCAGGAGACUAAUGACUAUCGCAGACAAAUCCAGGCUCUUACUUGCGAAGUUGAUGCAAUGAAAGGAUCUAAUGAAUCAUUUGAGCGCCAGAUGCGUGAAAUGGAAGAGAACUUCGCAGCUGAAGCUGCAAACUACCAGGACACUAUUAACCGGCUGCAGGAUGAGAUUCACAACAUGAAGGAUGAAAUGUCUCGUCAUCUGCGAGAGUAUCAGGAUCUGCUGAACGUAAAGAUGGCUCUUGAUAUUGAAAUUGCUACUUACAGGAAACUGCUGGAAGGAGAAGAGAGCAGGAUUUCCAUCCCUGUCCAUUCUUUUUCUUCAAUGAGCAUGAGAGAAACUAACCUUGAAUCACUCCCAGUGAAAGAUUCCCAUACCAAAAGGACACUCUUGAUCAAGACUGUUGAGACAAGAGAUGGACAGGUUAUUAAUGAAAGCUCCCAGCACCACGACGACGAUGAUGAUGACCUGGAGUGAAUAAUGUAUUAUGUCUUCUUUGGAGCAUAAUAGAAAACCCUGACGAGUGACAUAAUACUGUCCCUUGUGUUUAAACUUUUGAAGAAAACCAGCUUUCAAGUGCCUUUUGCAGUUAUUACGAGAGUGCAAGAUAGAUGUGCUACUUGAUUAGAAUUAUGGUCUUUCACAGAAUGAAGUCCCAUUUUUAGGACAUCAGUGAGUUUGCACCACUCUAGUUUACAAACAAUGUCAUAGCAAUAUCUUGUGCCACAAUACUGUUUUUAAAAUUCUUAAAAUUCCAUUGAAAAGCUUUUUAUUCCCAAGCAAAGUACAGCCUUCUGUCAAUGCUUCAAUAAAUCUUUAGAAAUAA